AAAAAGUAAAACCCCAGACACAUACACAAACCCAAACCCAAAACCCUACACUUGUAUCUUUCUCUCACACUCUCUCUCACUGUUAUCUAUCUUCUUCUGCUUCUCUACAAAUGACAUCAAUUCCCACACUUUGCUAAUUCAAUCGUCGAUGGCCCAAUUAUCAACUCUGAACUCUUUUGCAAAUUAAGAAGAGAAGAGAAGAGACGAAAAUGGCAAGGAAGACGGCCUCGCAACUUCAAUCCCUUCAACAACUCUACUUAGAGAAUAAGUAUCCUACAAAAGAGUUGAUGGAAGACAAUGCUGCUGCUUUGGGGUUGACGUACAAGCAGGUCCGGGGAUGGUUUAUUGAGAGGAGGAGGAGGGAUAAAAGAGAAAAUGGAAGUAUUGUACCAUCAUGUUCCGCUUCAAGUAAGAAAAAUCCCAUUCUUACUACAAGGGUUGGGUCGGGUACUAUUGCUGCUAGAAAGGUACUUAAAGGAGACCCCUUGUUGCAUAAGGCAAAGGCUUCUUUGUCUUUAAUAGCCAAUCACCCAUCUACAGUUGAGACCAGGAUUCCUAAGAGAAAGAGAAAACCCAUUCUUCUUCAGCAUUUGUUUACUUCGGAUUACAUUCUAAAGAAAGUUUUCCGCAAGGAGGGCCCUCCGCUUGGUGUGGAAUUUGACUCUCUUCCUUCUCGGGCAUUUUGCUGCCAUACGGAUCCUAAAAACUCUCGUCCAUCUUGCCAAGACAACCAAGGAGCAGGCAAAAGGCUUAAGGUUUCCGAGCAAGCCAUCUUAAGUCACCAGGUCUCUAAUAAAAAGAGUGCUCCGACAAAGAAGCAUGGUAUUGGAAAAGGUUUGAUGGCUCCGGCAAAGAAACAUGGUAUUGGGAAAGGUUUGAUGACUCAGGCGAAGAAACAUGGUAUUGGGAAAGGUUUGAUGACAGUUUGGCGGGCAACUAAUCCUGAUGGGGGUGAUAUUCCUACUGGUAUCGAUUAUACAGACAGGGAAGUGGUUGUAUCUCCAAUCUCAACAUCUACAGCACCUAAAAAACCACAACAUCGGGUGAAAAGAUCACAACAAGCUCCUGUGGCUAAACAGGUAAGGUUAAGAAAUAAAUCACAAGAUAGGAGGAAACAGUCCACCAGAAGAAGAGAGGUGGAACCCAACCAGGAUGAGCAUCUCAAACAACCAGAUAUAGUAAAAUGUGAACUUGCUUUGGAAGGAGCAAUAUCUCGAGAAGACCUUAAUCAUGUAGCUAUGCUUGUGGACGAUGAAGAGCUGGAGCUGCAAGAGUUACAAGCAGGACCAAAUCCACUGAGGUGUUCAGAUCAUUUUGCUGCUAACGGUAUACAUGGUUGUUCACUUUGCAAAGAUUUGCUGGCUAAGUUUCCUCCAAAUUCUGUUAAGAUGAAGCAUCCAUUUUGUACUCAACCUUGGGAUUCUUCUCCAGAGAUUGUCAAGAAAUUGUUUAAGGUUUUCCAUUUCCUUUAUACUUAUGCUGUUGCAGUUGAUAUAUGCUCCUUCACUCUUGAUGAAUUUGCUCAAUCAUUUCAUGACAAGGAUUCCCUGUUACUUGGAAAAAUUCAUGUGGCCCUUCUCAAGCUUCUUAUAUCUGAGGUAGAAGCAGAGCUUAGUAAUGGAUAUUUUCCCCCACAUUUGAGCAUAUCCUGCAAUUUUCUUGCAUUACUUCACUCGGCUGAAAACCAAAAAGUUGCUCUGGAGUUUUGGAAGAGAGCUUUAAACCCUCUAACAUGGACAGAAAUACUGCGUCAAGUAUUGGUUGCUGCUGGUUUUGGUUCAAAGCAAGGUGCAAUGCGGAGGGAAGCCCUUAACAAGGAAAUGAACCUCAUGGUGAAGUAUGGUCUACGCCCGGGUACAUUGAAGUGCGAAUUGUUUAAAAUUUUGUCAGAGCAAGGAAAUAAUGGGUUGAAAGUUUCUGAGUUGGCAAAGUCAUUGCCGAUUGCUGAAUUGAAUAUUGCCAGUACAACUGAAGAACUGGAGUCUUUAAUAUGUUCAUCUCUUUCAAGUGAUAUUACGUUAUUUGAAAAGAUUUCAUCAUCUUCCUAUCGUCUUCGUAUUAGUUCUGUUGCAAAGGAAGUCGAUGAAUUUCAAUCUGACACUGAGGACUCUGGAAGUGUUGAUGAUGACCCUAAUGACUGUGGUCCGUGUAGCGACAGCGAUGAUUCGGGUUGUGAAUCAGGAAAUUCCAAUUCAAGAAAAUUUAAGUAUAUGAGCCGUCAUAAAAGUCAAAAUAACAUGCUGAUUGUACACAAUGAAAUUGAUGAAAGCCAUCCAGGAGAAGUCUGGUUGUUAGGAUUGAUGGAAGGUGAAUAUUCAGAUUUAAGCAUAGAAGAAAAGUUGAAUGCAUUAGUGGCUAUAACUGAUCUUCUUCUUGCUAGCUCCAGUAUCAGAGUAGAGGAUCCAACACAAGCUAUUGCUGAAUGCGCACCUAACAUCCAUCAUUAUGGUUCUGGCGCAAAAUUAAAGAGGUCAUCAACUAAACAGCAUAGCAUUGACAGGCCAUCUUGGGGCUAUACUGGACAAAUGCAUAGUGUAAAAGAAGCAUACUCAUUAUUUAAGUUUCAUCCAGUUGAUUCUUCAGUGUCAAUAUCAAAGUCUUAUGAGAAGGAGAGGUCCUCUGGCGAAGGAGAAAAUGUAAAAGAAAAAGAAGUUGAGUCAGGUUUGCAUCUCAUGCAAUCUGUGUUUUUGGGGUCUGAUCGCAGGUACAAUAGAUACUGGCUUUUCUUGGGCCCUUGUAGUGCAUUGGGCCCUUGUAGUGUAUAUGAUCCAGGCCAUAGGAGGGUUUACUUUGAAUCUUCUGAAGAUGGUCACUGGGAGGUGAUUGAUACCGUAGAGGAUUUGCGUGCCUUGUUGUCAGUUUUAGAUGACAGAGGUAAGCGGGAGGCAAUCCUUAUUGAAUCUUUGGAGAAGCGACAAGCAUUUCUCUGUCAAGCAAUGUCAAAUAAAAUAGUAAAGAGUGCUGGAACCAGACAUUUGACACAGUCUGAUCAAUCUGAGCUGGACAUGGUCAGAGAGGACAGUUGUUCUCCAGUAUCUGAUGUAGACAACCUAAGCCUGACUGAGACUAUAAAAGAUUCUUUGCCUUCAUCAGGGGCUGUUGUUCUAGAUGUUGGAAAUAAGGGAGAAGAACAACAAGAAAGAUGGAGCAGACUACAAGAAUUUGAUUCCUGGAUAUGGAAUUCUUUUUACUCAAAUCUUAACGCUGUAAAACAUGGUAAAAGAUCAUAUCUUGAUUCACUUGCUAGGUGUGAAAGUUGUCAUGAUCUAUAUUGGAGAGAUGAGAAGCACUGUAGGAUAUGCCAUACCACAUUUGAGCUCGAUUUUGAUUUAGAAGAAAGAUACGCCAUCCAUGCAGCCACAUGUAGGGAGAAAGAAGACUCUGAAAUUCUGUUCCCACAGCAUAAGGUUCUAUCUUCACAAAUCCAGUCUCUGAAAGCUGCAAUCCAUGCAAUUGAGUCAGUCAUGCCUGAAGAAGCAUUGGUGGGUGCUUGGACAAAGUCUGCUCAUAAGCUUUGGGUCAAAAGGCUCCGACGUACCUCUUCUAUGGCUGACCUUUUACAGGUUCUUGCUGAUUUUGUUGGUGCCAUCAAUGAGGACUGGUUGUGUGAAUGCAAUGGUCAGCAAGUUUCCUUUAAUAUUAUUGAAGAGACUAUUACAUCCUUUGCAUCUAUGCCGCAAACAUCAUCUGCAGUUGCACUUUGGUUGGUGGAAUUGGAUGCCUUAAUUGCUCCCUACUUGGAAAAAGUUCGUUUUCAAAAGAGGCCAGAAAUCAGUACCAAAGGUAGGUGUGCUCCAAAGCAAUCAAUGCAGCUUUCUUAAGAUGCUUAUGCUAGUAGGAAUUAGUAUCUCCAUAUUUGAGGCAUUGAGGAACAUUUUACAUGUUCAUUUUUCUCACUGUCACAAUAUCACCCAAAUAUCUGUUGCGGAAUCAGUGAACAGUUGUUGGCUAUAGUGGCUUUUAGUUUUGAGGAGCAUCACCGAUGCUUUUUGGGUUUUGAAUGGAAGGUGCCGAUAGCAAUAUCUUUUUUGUACAAAGUACUGCUCGACUCCAUUCCUUUUUUUGUUGUCAAUAUAAACUGAUAGCUUGAGCUAUUGAAUGUUGUACAGCAUUAGAUUAGAUAUAUUCAAGAAAGCAAAGUCUUUGGUUCA